AUGCGCAGGGCCGCGCCCUUUUUUCGGGCACCCGCCUUUUUCUCCCCCGCCAGGUCAAAGGGGAGCCACUGUGGCGAUGGGGUUGCUGGUGAACCGCAUGAUGGCGGCGGCAACGCCGAUGGCGCGGGACGUUUCCCCGCGUGCUCUUCUAGGCGUCUGACGGAGGCUCAGCGUGUCUUAGCCCCACUUCCGCACCCAACGCAGUUGGAGACGGUAACCUUCCGUGGGGAGCCGUGGCGUCGGGCAAUGUGUCAGCUUUACCGUGUUAUCUUCAAGCUGCAUCAGUCACGUCUGCUUCCCAUGCAACGCGAGUUUGGUGACCGCUUUGUGCAGGUGGAGUUCCAGCGGCACAUGGACGCCAGCGAGAAGCACGCACGCAUUUUCUACCAGUCUUGGUACGGGUAUGUGGCACAGCUGGAGGCUGGCCAGACCUCACGUGAGCUUACGGAGGAGGAGCUGCGUCAGUUGACGCCGGAGCAAAAAGAAAAACUUCGCGAGUUGCGAGGACACGUGAUGCAGGUGCGUCAGACGGACUCGGACUUUGUGCUCUAA